AUGGCGAACUUCAAGGGGCAUGCGCUCCCGGGAAGCUUCUUCCUGAUCGUGGGGCUGUGGUGGUCGGUGAAGUACCCGCUCAAGUACUUCCACCAGAAGGAGAAGCGUGGCCCGGGGGCUCGCGCUCAGCAGCGCCUCGAGGUCAUUGAAGCCGCCAUCAGGACUGUAUUCCCCAUCAUUGGGAUUCUGGCCGAGCAGUUUGUCCCCGACGGGCCCCACCUGCACCUGCUGCGCGGGGACGACUGGGUGAAGCUGAUGAACUGGCAGCACAGCACCAUGUACCUCUUCUUCGCCGUGUCGGGCGUCACGGACCUGCUGACGGCCGUCUACGCCCACAUCCCCCGGGGCAUCGACAGGCUGGUCAUGGCCGUGGCCGCCUUCGCUGAAGGCUUCCUCUUCUACUACCACGUCCACCACCGGCCGCCGCUGGACCAGCACAUCCACUCGCUGCUGCUGAGCGCCGUGUUCGCGGGGACCGUGUCCUUGUCCGUGGAGGUGGUGCUGCGGGACAACGUGGUCCUGGAGCUCUUCCGCACCAGCCUCGUCAUCCUGCAGGGCACCUGGUUCUGGCAGAUCGGGUUUGUGCUGUACCCGCCCUCGGGGGCUCCGAGCUGGGACCUGCAGAGCCACGACAACGUCAUGUUCAUCACCAUGUGUUUCUGCUGGCACUACCUGGCCGCCAUGGGCAUCGUGGCCACCAGCUACGGGCUCGUCUACUGGUUCGUGUCUCGGUCAAAGCAUCAGCGAGGAGAAAUUAUCGGGAUUCAGAAGCUGAAGUCGGACCACACGUACCAGACGGCCCUGCUGAACUGCUCCGAUGAGGAGUGA